GUACUUAACACCCUGGAGACCCAGACCGCGGCUUUCAAGGCAUCCCGGGUGGGAAGAGCUGUUUAUAUAGACGGGGAUUCCGCUGUAAGCGCGCUAAUACCUCGGCAGCCAGCGCAUGGCGUGCGCUUCUCACGCCCACCAGUAGGAGCGGCGUCCCCGGCCACCCCUCGGUUCCCAGCCUGCCCUGCCCCUGCCUCCUUCCCCUCCUCGGCCAUGGCCACCUCUGGACGCCUCAGCUUCACCGUGCGAAGUCUCCUGGAUUUACCCGAGCAGGACGCGCAGCACCGGCGGAGGCGGGAGCCGGAGCUACCGGCCCCCGGGCCAGGCCCCUGCGCCACCUGGCUGGAAUCCGAGCGCGGUCACUACGCGUCCUCGGACGAGAGCAGUCCCGAGACCAGCCCGCCCGACUCAUCGCAGCGGCCGCCUGCUCAGCCUGCGUCUCCGGGUUUCGACGCGGAGAAGAGGAAGAAGCGGCGGGUGCUGUUCUCCAAGGCGCAGACGCUGGAAUUGGAGCGGCGCUUCCGGCAGCAGCGCUACCUGUCGGCGCCGGAGCGAGAGCAGCUGGCGCGCCUGCUGCGCCUCACGCCCACGCAGGUCAAAAUCUGGUUCCAGAACCAUCGCUACAAGCUGAAGCGCAAGCGCGCGCCGGAGGCCGCGGAGUCGCGCGACUUGGCAGUCACUGCCGAGCUGCGCGCUGCGCCGGGCCUGCUGCGCCGGGUGGUGGUGCCCGUGCUGGUGCGCAAUGGGCAGCCGUGCGGCGGCAGCGGCGAAGUGGGCACUGCUGCCUCCCAGGACAAAAGCGGCGCGCCCACGGCCACCGCCUGCCCUGUGCCGGGCUACGCCGCCUUCGGGCCCAGCUCGGCGCUGGGUCUCUUUCCCGCCUACCGGCACUUAGCGCCCCCCGCUCUGGUCUCUUGGAACUGGUGA